UUCCACUCCUUGAUGGUGACCUUCAUGGCUGGGGAUGAUUGGAUUGGAUCACAAUGGGUUGGUUGGUUAGUGUCGGGACGAAGGGGAGCAAAGGUGCGAGGAAGUGGAGCGGGCGAUAAGCGGCCUGUUUGUCCCGAUUUUCACAUGGCCGCUCUCCGCAUUUGUGAUGGAUGGACUGAUAGGAAACGCUCCCGUCAUUGUCCAUGCAUCUUGCGCUUUCCACUAACCACUCCCUUCUUUCCCCCUCAUCCUUCCAUCUUUCGUGCCUGCAGGUGGAUUGAUUAACCAGACGCCGCUGUCUGAGCGGAAUGUAAAUAAUCCUUGACUCGAUCCUUUAUAUCCAUUUGUCUUCCCCUCACCAUGGCGUUCGCAGCCCUUCGUAAUUCCAUCCCUUCACCGACCCGCCUAUCUCGGCCGACCAUGUCGCUCGCACACCAAACCCGCCAAUUCUCUUUCUCCUCGUACCUGAUUACGCCCAAGGAGCUUGACGCCGCGCUCAAGAAAAAUCCCCGCACGAAGAUCUCGACCUCCCCUCGGGUAGUUCCUCUAUGCGCGGCCUGGUUCAUGCCGAACGACCCUGAGGGUCGCAAAGGAAUUGACAUCUUCCGCAAGCACCACAUCCCUCAGGCGCGUUUCUUUGAUCUGGAUGGCGUCAAGGAUCAUGAUUCGCCUUACCCGCAUAUGCUUCCCACCGCCGAGACGUUCGCCGAGGCGAUGAGUGAGCUUGGCAUUCGACGCGACGACGAGGUUGUGGUUUACGACACGGAGGAGCUGGGAAUUUUCAGCGCGCCCCGCGUUGGUUGGACCCUUCGAGUCUUCGGACACCCCCGCGUCCAUCUCCUCAACAACUACAGAUUGUGGGUUCGCGAAGGAUACCCGACGGAGACUGGCGAGGCGUCUGUGCCGGAGAAGACCAACUACCCGGUGCCUACAUAUGACUCGAAGCUCGUGAUCCCUUACCGGGAGCUGAAGGAAAUUGCCAAGGAGCACAGAAAGGAGGGUGCGAAAGAAGUGGAGAUCCUGGACGCACGUUCGUACGGCCGCUGGGCGGGAACCGAUCCUGAGCCGCGUCCGGGGCUGUCAUCGGGGCAUAUUCCUGGCUCCCAGAGCUUGCCAUUCCAGGAGCUGCUGGACCCCGAGACCAAGACGUAUCUCCCUGGACCUGAGCUACGCAAAAUCUUCGAGGGAAAAGACAUUGAUACGUCCAAAUCGAUCAUCAGCUCCUGUGGUACUGGUGUGACGGCGACCAUCAUUGAGACGGCAUUAGGCGAGGCGGAGUUCGGAGAGCCCAACCUGCGGAGGGUAUACGAUGGCAGCUGGACUGAAUGGGCACAACGUGUCAAGCCGGAAGAGGGUCUCAUCAAGAAGGAAACGUAGGGAUGGGAGAGUCAGGCAGCUGACGUUGUUGUUGUUGAAGACGAGGAGGUUAUUGGUAUGACCUGAUGAUCAUCGGGUCCUGUAUGACAUAGCGUUUUCUCCCACCUCCAUUUCGAGCUUGUUACAGCAUCCGCCGAUACCAGAGAUAGAAUCUAGACGGUACACAGAGACCUUCGGCUAGAGUAGAUGUGUAGUGAUGAGUGCAUUGGCCAGUG